CUUUAGUUUGUCGCAGAAUCAGACCCACUUUCCUCGACUGCUUCCUCUGCCUGCCUUCAAAUAUCAUCAGCCCAGUUUCUCUCCUAUCACUUUCUUGAUAACUUUCAUUUCCAAUUCUAAAGCUCUUGAAUGGCAGCCUUUUCAUACCAACACCAACCUUUUCUUCUUGACCCAAUUUUCUUGCCAAACACCCCUAUUAAGAUGUCUAGCUUUGUGGAAGAAGAAAAUAUCAACAUCAACUAUUUCUCUCAAUUUUACCCGCCAGAACCUACCCAAGAGAUUCCUGUUGAUAUUAGUGUUCGUGAAAGUAGCUGUCUUGACCACAGUUCAAAGGCUGCUUUUAGUGAUAAUGAGCCUUCUCUGGCCAAAAAGCAGAGUACAGAGUCAUCAACAGUGGUGGAUAAGCUUGAUAGUGGGGAGCAGGUUACGCAGAAAGUGACUCCCAUGGAGAAGAAAAGGAAGAACAGAAAUGGGGUAUCCUUGACUACUGCUCAAUCAAAGGAUCCGACAGAAGGGAAGAGUAAGAAGCAAAAGAAAUGGAAUGGUGCCCUGAAAGAAGAAGCGAAGAAGCCUAAAGCUGAAAAGAAAGAUCAGAAGAAAGUUUCUGAAGAGCCUCCAACAGGUUACAUCCACGUAAGGGCAAGAAGGGGUCAGGCAACAGAUAGCCACAGCCUUGCAGAAAGAGUAAGAAGAGAGAAAAUAAGCGAGAGGAUGAAGAUAUUACAACGACUGGUUCCAGGCUGUGAUAAGGUAACUGGAAAGGCCCUCAUGUUGGAUGAGAUAAUCAAUUAUGUUCAGUCCCUACAAAAUCAAGUAGAGUUCCUUUCAAUGAAGCUUGCUUCGGUGAACCCCAUGUUCUAUGAUUAUGGAAUGGACCUAGAUGGACUCAUCGCCAGGCCUGAGAGAUUGACGAGCAUGCAACAGCAAAUAACUAUGGCAUCCCCACUGCCAUCUGUGACACAAUGCAGCCUUACCCUGCCCACAGGUUUUGGUCAAACACCCACGACCUCCGCCUUUACAACAGAAAAUAACCAUCCUAUCACGAACAAUUCUGCCUCACUUUUACUCCAACCAGGACAAAGACCGAACGCAUUCCCCCAGGAUAUUGCUGGUAUAUUUUGUGAGGCGGAAGACCAAAGACAAAAGUUUCUUAAUCCAUCUGGGUUGAGCAACAACUUGUGUUUCUUACAUUAAUGUUAAAUAAAACAACUGCCCUACAAACACCGCAUCGGUUCCAGUGGAGGGGGCUAAUUCACCUAAAAGUUCUUUCUCCAUGUUCAAUAGAUUAAAGUGAUGCCUGAACAUGAAUAAAGGGCUGCGAAAUCAAUGGUCGAAGAACAUGAAGGACAGAUAUAACCGACCAAAUAGAUGCCUUGUUUCUGUAGCCUUGUUGACUACCCAAGUCGCGCACAAAUUCGAAGAGCUUUUGGUGGUUAAUUAAGCUAGCUAGAGACUUCUGAAAAAUAUAUGUAAAAUAUAUUAAGAAAUAUACAAAGAUGAUCCUCGUGGCUACAGUUAUUCUGUUAUUACAGUUAUUUUUACCAUUAUUUUCUAUUAACAAAUUAGAGCUUGAUGCCUUGUUGACAUGACCGGUCAGGCAUUUGUUGGUUUAGUUGGCUUUAUUUGUAUCGGUGGAAUCUUCUGUGUUUUGGCAGUAUUAUAGGGAUGAGGCUAGCUAGCUUCUGAAGUGAAUUCCCCCUACCCAUGUUAUAUGUACAGAAGCAUCCCCUACCUAAAGAUACUUGCUUUUCCUGGUCAGUAAUCUGAAUGAUAUCUAGCCACUUGUUUGGCUUUUGUAUUA